AUGACAGAACAGACGCUACUAUCCAAAUUGAACACUCUUUCUCAGGAAGUGAUAUCAUCAGCUUCUCCAAAGGAGGCAACCGUUUUAACGGAAGAGACAGUACGCAACUGGUCUGAACGAUCAAAAGUUCUUUGUUCCGAAUUUGCUUCACUGGAGUCGAAUGACGAAAAGGAAGACUGGCUGAGGAUUUUGUUUAUCGAAUUGUUUGAUUUCAUAUAUAAAGACGAUGAAAAUUCUCCUCUCAAGCUUUCUGAUAUUGCGUUAUUUAUUGAAGAAUUAGUGAACCAUGGAAGACAAGCGUCUCAGGCUUCCAUAGUUGGUAAAAUGUUCAUCGCUGUUUCAAGCACUGUCCCAAAUAUAAAUGAUAUGACUACAGUAUCAUUAUGUAAACUAAUACCGUCCUUGAAUAAAGAACUGUUCAAAUUUAGUUGGAUAUCCUCUAAGCUACUAAACAAGGAACAAACUACCUUAUUAAGACAUUUGUUGAAAAAAUCGAAGUACGAACUGAAGAAAUAUAACCUUUUAGUGGAAAAUUCAGUGGGUUACGGUCAAUUGGUAACCUUGUUAAUAUUAGCGUAUUAUGAUCCCGACAAUUUUUGCAAGGUGUCUGCGUAUUUGGAAGAGAUUUAUCAUAUUAUGGGAAAAUAUUCUUUGGACUCCAUUCGUGCUUUGGAUGUUAUUUUGAACGUUUCUAGUCAAUUUAUCACUGAAGGGUACAAAUUCUUUAUUGCUCUUUUACGAAAUUCAGAUUUUUGGCCCUUUCGUCAUGUGGCUAAUAAUUCAAGUUAUUCUUUUCUUAAUGAAGGUGGCAACAUGAUCGGAGCUAACAUUAUUUCAUUUAAUCUAUCGCAGUAUGAUGAAGAAGUCGAUAAGGAAAACUAUCAACGGUACAUGGAUAUGUGUUGCAUUCUAGUGAAAACUGGGUUUGUUAAUUUCUAUUCUAUUUGGGAUAAUGUAACACCAGAGAUGGAAUUCUUACAAAAAUAUACUGAAGAUUUAGAAACUGAACUAGAAGAGGAGUCCACUAAAGGAGUAGAAAAUCCUUUGGCCAUGGCAGCUGCUUUAUCCACUGAAAAUGAAACUGACGAAGACAACGCCCUUAAUGUGGGUGAUGAUGAUAAUGCCAAUGAUAAAAUCUUUGAGGCAUCAAACGAUGAUAUAGACUCGAAAGGGAAGCAGAAAACCCCGCAAGAUAUUUUAUCAUUUGGUAAAAUAAAACUUUUGGAACGCUUACUUAUUCAUGGUUGUAUUGUUCCUGUUGUACACGUGUUACAGGAAUAUCCGAAAAUGUUAUAUGUGAGUGAAUCCUUAUCUAAGUAUUUCGGACGAGUAUUCGAAUAUCUUUUAAAUCCAUUGUAUGCAUCAAUGACUUCUUCUGGUGAAUCAGAAGAUAUGGCAAGUGCUUUGAUGAUAACCCAUAUAGAUAAUGGUAUUCUAGCUCAUAAACCAAGGCUAAUCCACCAAUAUAAAACUCAUGAACCAUUUGAAUCCUUUGAAUUGAAUUCAAGUUAUGUUUUCUAUUACUCAGAGUGGAAUUCCGGUUUGACUCCUUUUGCGUCUGUAGAUGACCUAUUUGAAAACUCUCAUACUUAUCUAUCUAUUAUCGGACCAUAUUUAGGGAGGAUUCCCACGCUUUUGAGUAAGAUUUCGCGUAUUGGUGUAGCUGAUAUUCAAAAAAACCACGGUUCUGAGUUCCUGCAGACAACGGUUAAUAAUUGGAUAGACUAUGUAAGAAAAUUUAUUUUUCCUGCUACCUCACUAUUGCAAAAUAAUCCAAUUGCCACAUCAGAAGUUUACGAACUAAUGAAACUUUUCCCUUUUGAAAAAAGGUAUUUUAUUUACAACGAAAUGAUGACGAAAUUGUCCCAAGAUAUUUUGCCAAUUAAGGUGAGCUUCAAUAAAGCCGAAAGAGAAGCUAAGAGUAUCUUAAAGGCUUUGAGUAUAGAUACAAUAGCAAAAGAGUCCAGAAGAUUUGCCAAAUUAAUUUCUACAAAUCCAUUGGCCUCACUGAUACCAGCAGUUAAGCAGAUUGAAAAUUAUGAUAAAGUCUCCGAGCUUGUUGUUUAUACCACGAAGUACUUUAACGAUUUUGCGUAUGAUGUGUUGCAAUUUGUGUUAUUGUUACGCUUAACUUAUAACAGGCCCGCUGUUCAAUUUGAUGGUGUUAAUCAGGCCAUGUGGGUCCAGAGAUUGUCAAUAUUUAUUGCAGGCUUGGCCAAAAGUUGUCCCAGUAUGGAUAUCUCAAACAUAAUCACUUAUAUUCUUAAGACUUUGCAUAAUGGGAAUAUCAUAGCUGUUUCCAUCCUAAAGGAAUUAAUUAUUACUGUUGGUGGCAUUAGAGAUUUAAAUGAAGUUAAUAUGAAACAGUUAUUGAUGUUAAAUUCGGGAUCACCAUUAAAGCGAUAUGCAAGACAUCUCAUAUAUGAUUUUAGAGAUGAUAAUUCAGUCAUCUCGUCGAGACUAACCUCAUUUUUCAGUGAUCAAAACGCUAUUUCUGAGAUCAUUCUCCUGUUAUAUACUCUAAACCUGAAGGCGAAUACCCAAAAUUCUCAUUACAAAAUUUUAUCCACCAGAUGCGAUGAAAUGAACACAUUGUUAUGGUCUUUUAUUGAAUUAAUUAAACAUUGUUUGAAAGGAAAAGCGUUUGAAGAGAAUGUUCUCCCAUUUGUAGAAUUGACUAACAGAUUCCAUUUAUCGACUCCGUGGGCUUUCCACAUAUGGAGGGAUUACUUGGAUAAUCAAUUGAAUUCAAAUGAGAACCUUUCUAUCGAUCAAUUGAUUGAAGGUGCAGAGUUUAACGAUGUUGAUUUGACGAAAAUACCAAAGGAUCUUUUUACUACUUUCUGGAGGCUCUCAUUAUACGAUAUUCAUUUUGAUAAAUCAUUAUAUGACGAGCGUAAGAAUGCACUGUCCGGAGAAAACACAGACCACAUGUCAAAUAGAAAAAAACAUUUGAUUCAGAAUCAAAUCAAGGAUAUUUUGGUCACUGGAAUUUCACAUCAGAGAGCCUUCAAGAAAAAUUCAGAAUUUAUAUCUGAAAAAUCAAACACAUGGAACAAAGAUUGUGGGGAAGACCAAAUUAAAAUAUUCCUACAGAAUUGUGUCGUGCCAAGAGUUUUAUUUUCUCCUUCUGACGCUCUCUUCUCUUCGUAUUUUAUUUUCACGGCCUUUAGUACAGAAAAUUUGAUGUCGAUGUUGAAUACUUUUAUUACGUCAAGUAUUUUGAAAACGCUGUUGUUCUGUUGUACUAGCUCUGAAGCAGGCAAUUUAGGUCUGUUUUUCACUGAUGUUCUGAAAAAGCUCGAGAAAAUGAGAUUAAAUGGCGAUUUCAACGACCAAGCUUCUCGGAAGCUUUAUGAAUGGCAUUCAGUAAUUACCGAGCAAAUUAUUGAUCUUCUAUCCGAAAAAAACUACAUGUCAAUCAGAAACGGCAUUGAAUUCAUGAAACACGUUACUAACGUCUUCCCAGUAGUAAAAGCACAUAUUCAGUUAGUUUACACAACUUUAGAGGAAAACUUGAUAAAUGAAGAAAGAGAGGAUAUUAAAUUACCAAGCAGCGCGUUGAUUGGUCAUUUGAAAGCGCGUUUGAAGAAUGCUUUAGAAUUGGAUGAAUUUUGCAGCUUAACUGAAGAGGAAGCUAAACAGAAAAAAAUAUAUGAAAUGGAACUGGAAGAAAUCAAAAAUUAUGAAACAGCUUAUCAAAACGAACAAAAGCAAGUGGCUUUAAGAAAGCAAUUAGAGCUCAACAAGUCUCAAAGACUUCAAAAUGAUUCAUCCAAAAGCGCUGCGAGCGAUGGUACUGGAAUAAGUAGUAAGGAGAGGUAUACUUAUUCUCGUAAUGAACCUGUAAUCCCAACAAAGCCUUCCAGCAGUCAGUGGUCAUAUUCUAAAGUUACUAGGCAUUUGGACGAUAUAAACCACUAUCUGGCUACGAAUCAUCUACAAAAGGCAAUUUCCUUAGUGGAGAACGAAAAUGAAGCUUGGAAUUUAAGAAAAUUAUCGAAACAGAAUAUGCCGAUAUUCGACUUUAGAAAUUCUACAUUGGAAAUAUUUGAAAGAUACUUCAGAACACUCAUUCAAAACCCUCAAAACCCAGAUUUUGCGGAAAAAAUUGAUGCGCUGAAAAGGCAUAUUAAAAACAUAUCACGUGAGCCAUACGCAGAUACGACUAGUUCCCAUUCUGAAACCUCUGCUUCUGAAUAUACCAAAAGAUCAAGUAGAUACGGUGGGAAUGCUGGAGGUAAGGAUGCUUACGGUAGUUCUAGCUAUAGAGGUCCAAGCAAUGAUCGUUCUGGACCAAAAAACAGUAAGCCAAUUAGUGGUUAUGCACACAAAAGGUCGGAACUCCCAACCAGGCCUAGUAAAAGUAAAGCAUACAAUGAUAGAAGCAGGCCAACUAGACCGGCAGGACCAGACAGGGGUGACGGUUUUGAUCAAAGGGAGAAUCGUUCACGCGAGGAGUACAAGAAAAAUAAUUCACAACGCCCACAACUACGGUUUCCAGAAAAGCCAUUUCAAGAGAGCAAAGACAGCAGCAAGACUACCACUUACCAACCUUCAACUUACAAGCGCGACUCGCCUUCAGAAAAUGAGGAAAAGCCGAAUAAAAGGUUCAAGAAGGAUGAAGGAAAUAGAAACAAAUUCCAAGCGCAAGAUUAUAGAAAUACACGAGAUAACAAUACUUCCCAUAGGGGCAAUGAAAAUCAAAGGUACAACGGAAAUAGAAAGAGCAAUACUCAGGCGCUUCCGCAAGGUCCUAAGGGCGGGAAUUAUGUGAGUAGGUACCAGAGGUAA